GAUAAUAUUCGGGUGUUGUUAACUGUUUUACGGAUUUUUUUCUUUGAUAUUCGGUUGAUGGUUUGAGGGAAAAUAGGUAUGAGAAAAGUUGACUUCCUGUUUCAUAUUGACCGGUUAUGCGCUAACCUCGCGCAGAGUCAGAACGGCCCUCGCCUCUCAGUCAACAGUCGUCCUUCGUCGCCGUCCCCGCUCAUCGCGCCGAUCCAGUUUGGAAAAUAAGAGGGAAGAGGGCCUGGUGAAAAGGCGCUGGUCGACUCUAGGAUGAGACGUUGUAUCGCAGGGCUUCCCAAACUCUUCAGCCAGUGGACUCCUUUCACAGAACAAAAUCCAGGGUAGACCCCCUCGCAUUCAAGUACUUAAAAUUAGGAAUUACAUUCAAUGUGAAAGGAUCAAUUCACACAAUGGAUUUUGUAGAAAACUGGGUUAUCACCCAAACCUUGGGAGAAGGGGCGUACGGAGAAGUGAAGCUUGUUACAAACAAAAGCACAGGCGAGAAUGUAGCAAUGAAGGUGAUAAACUCGUCAUUAGAUCCUGAGAUUAGGAGAGCUGUUCUGAAAGAAAUUGGGAUACACAAAAUCCUCAAAAGCCCACACAUUAUUCGGUUCUAUGGCAACCGUUCUGAAAACGGCAUUGAUUACAUCUUCAUGGAAUAUGCGCCACAUGGAGAGCUCUUUGAUAGGAUCGAGCCUGAUGUCGGUAUGUCGACAAAUGAUGCUCAGAAAUUCAUGAUGCAGCUGCUCAAUGGUGUGGAGUAUUUGCAUAGCAGAGGGAUUGCUCAUAGAGAUAUUAAACCGGAAAACCUCUUGUUGGACGAGAAAGACAACUUGAAAAUCUCAGAUUUCGGCCUGGCUACUCUCUUUCGUUCCCAUGGAAAGGAGCGUCCUCUGGACAAAAAAUGUGGUACCCUACCCUAUGUUGCUCCAGAAGUUCUUCACCGGCCUUAUGCUGCACAGCCUGCUGAUGUGUGGUCAUGCGGCAUUGUCUUAGUGGCCAUGCUAGCCGGAGAGCUCCCUUGGGACAAAGCGGAUGUCGACUGUGUUGACUAUCAGAUGUGGCUGAAGGGCGAUUAUACGAAUCAUUCGCCCUGGACCAAGCUGGACACCCUCCCACUCUCUCUCCUGCGGCAUAUCCUCGCCGCCUCGCCUUCCUCCAGGUACACAAUUGCCCAGAUCCGGAAUAACCGUUGGUUCACACAAAGUUCCAAAGGAGAAAAUAGGAAGAGUAGUAAGAUGUUGAAGAAAGACGAAGUCAAACCGGAAUGUAAGUUGGUAAGCUUCUCCCAGGAUUUGGCGGUCUUGAAGAAUGAAAGUGACGUCGAAAUCUCGAUGUUUCUCUCUCAACCAACCUCGAUUCAGAACAUGCUAUUAUCCACGCAAUUGAUUAAUACGCAGUCUCCUUCUCCUCAGAACUGUCUACAGAAGUUGGUGAGGAGGAUGACCCGUUUCAUGGUCAAUGGGGGUUUAUCUGAGGCCACAUUAGAGCUGACAACUACACUUGAAAAACUUGCCCUAGCUUGGAAACCCACCACAAAAAAUCUUAUCACAGUCAACACAGUAGACAGGAGGAAAGCCCAAUUGAUAUUCAAAGUGAAUAUAAUUGAAACACCAUUUGGAACACUACUUGAUUUUCGGCUGUCAAGAGGCUGUGGAUUGGAAUUCAAAAGGCAUUUUGUUUGUAUUAGAACAGAGCUUAAAGAGCUCAUCAUUUCUCAUACAACAUACUGAAAUUUUGGAAUAAUACUCAAAUAUUGGUUAUAUGCAGUAUACAAUUGUUUAGUUUUGUAAAUAAAUAUUUUUUUAUAUUACUAUUUA